AUGAAGGGCAAUAUUGGGGCGUUUGCGCUGCUAAGCGGCAUUGUCAGUGGUGCCGCUGCCGUUGAUGCGAGAGACGUCCAGUACGCGGAUCAAGACCCUGGGACGUACUGUAUUACCUAUCUUUCAACGUACCUCGCCCCAGUAUCAAUUGCAACGGGGGUCCCGCGCCCAGCUGAAAACACCACAGAUGUCGAAUUGAUAUCGACAUCUACUACUGCUGCUCGAAGUUCAGAUCUCGCUUCCUCGGUUGCUUCCAGCGCCGCUGCUUCGACUACUCUCGAGCCAACCGGAGAGCGCAUCAUCCUUCUUGUCAACCCUUCGGGCGGUAACACAAAGCGCGAUAUCGGUGGAUUUGUUGGUGACGGAAAUCCCGACAUCUGCACCUUUGCUACUGUCUUCACUCUUGGUAACGGUCGGCUUGCCGAGGGGGGCGUUCCAGUGUCAUACCUCGGUGACGGCUACCAGAAACUUCAGGCAUCAUCUCCAACGAGCGAUAGUGCAAUCUCGACCACUUUCAGCUCUGAAGGAGGGGUCCUGCGCUUCCAAAACCCCUCGCUGCCCAAUCGCGGAGCUUCAUUCUGCCAGACCCCUUCUGAUGGGCAGGUUUACAUGACUUUCGGAUCCGAGCCAUCUGGCUGCGUACCGGUGUCUCUGAACGUGUAUAGAGCUGAACAAUGUAUUGAUGGUAGAAUCGAUGGCCUCGGCCCUACAACGACAUCCACCAAGACUGAUGAGACCAUUUCAACACACUCAGCUGAAAUAGACUCCACUGUAACACAUUCCACUGAAACUCUUUCGACCGAAGAGGCAUCUGUGUCUGCAUCUGCUGAGACCAUGACAACAUUUUCCACGGCGGGGGCAUCUGUCGAAAGCUCUGUUAUCGAGCAUUCAAUCGCCUCCACAUUCUCUACUGAAGGUUCUGGAAUGUCAAUGGGGUCAUCAUCAUCCGAAAGUUCCGCCAGCCAAGAGACAGAGGCAGCCAGUGGCACGUUGACUGAUGAACCGACUGCAACACAAUCUCAGGGAGAUGUCGCGAUCACAAAUGCCGUUUCCAACGGACGAUUCUCUAUCAAGGACCCCAACUCAGCAAGUGGCAUAUUUGGCUUCGAUGCUGAAGGUCAGGCCGAGCAACGAAACGGCGACUGCUACAAGGGAGACGGAAGCUCCGACAAUGGCUGUGUUGCAUUGGGGUCCUCUUCCGACUCACAGAAGCGAGCUUUUGGCGGACUGGCGAGUAUCUCACAGUUUCUUACCAACCUUGCUCCAAGCAGAAAUGUUCUCUAUACCGUCCAGUUCUAUUACGUCGUCAUCACCGCUGGAGGCAGCCAGGCGUGUAGCGUCAAUGGAUACCUUGGCAAUACCCAGUUCUACACCAUGGGUCUUUUCACCAGCGGUGGCGUUAGUGUCUCAUGGAACAGGGUCCUUACUACUGUCAUCGCCGACUCUCGAAGCGCCAGCUUUGGCAUCUCUCUGUCUUGCACGGGCAAUGGGCUGGCACUGAUCUACGUCGACUCGGUCUUUGUCUCCAAUCAGGUCACCCCCGACAACAUCGACCAGUUCCAGCUGGACUUUGGAGAUAGCGACACUCCUGAGGAGACUACCAGUAGACUCCCAUCCACUCCAACUAGUGAACCGGCCAACCAAGUCACAUCUAUUGAGCCAGUCACUACUACCACAAACUCCCCUCCCGCUACCACGACAGGCUACACCAGACCAGAGAUUCCAUCUCAAGAGGUCUGCCCCGAUGGUUACAGGCCUCCGGGCUUUUGUGGACAGAAGUGGCCAAAGCCUUCAGAGCCAUUCUGCGAGUACCGUUCCCAGCCUAAUGCUCAGGCUGUGGCAUAUCCACUGUCGGAAUAUCCCAUGCAAGGCAUGGAUAUCCAGAAGUGCGCGUUGACUUGUGCUUACAUCGAUGGAUGUUUCGCAUUCGCUGUGAACAACAACCCGAGGUACCCUUGCAAUUUCAUCCUUGAGCCAUUGAGGCUUCAAGGUUGGACCACUGGGGACCCAAACCGUGUUCUAGAAUGGUCUGAGUUGGCUUGCUUCAACUGUCAGCUCUGUGAUGAAUCACAGUCCCAAACGACUGCUGGCGUUACUGGAGCUCCGGUAGAAUCGGAGACAACUAUCAUAGCGGAGCCAUCCACCAGAGUUCCCCAGAACACUACCCGUUGGCUACCUGAGCCGCAGACUAGCUCUGGAGGCUUAGAGCCUACGCCAGGCACCAAGUCAACAAGCAUGCGACCGUCUCGACCGGAGACUAGCGUUGACGUGGAGCCAACCUUUAUCGAGGGCACCACCACUGUGCCUGAAACAACUCACACGUCUGCUCGGACCCCUGUUGUAGAUACAUCAAGCGAAGCGCCCGAAGAUGCAACAUCUACUACGCAAGAGCCCACUUCAACAUCAGAAACCACCACCGCCUCUUCGACCCCAACAGAGACAUGCAAGUAUACACACGGCGAAAUGUGUAACUUUGAUCGCUUCAACUACCCCAAAGAUGUUCUUUGUUCAUGGGGCGACAAAUUGACGAGCAGAAGUUUCUGGCUAGAGACUCGCGAGUCAUAUCCCCACCAAGACCGCGCCGAAGAAUGCAUAGCCAUCUGUCAAGGCCAUCCACUCUGCUUGACCGCUGGAUACUCACAGUUCGAAAACCGAUGCUACUUCUCUGAGCUUCCCUUGCUCAAGGAGAACUUCGUCACCGAAGAGAACGACUGGAAGAAACAGGUUUGGCUGGACACGCGCUGCUACACCGACUGCGAAGCCUGUGUCCCUGAUUCUGUUCCGAAGGGUCCUCCCGAUAUGUGCGCAUAUACUCUAGGCGACGAGUGUAAACCAGUCGCCAACCCACCUGCAGGUACUCUCUGCAAUUACGAAGCUUAUAUGGGAGGUGGCUGGGUUGAUGGAAAUGAUCCCAACUUGAUCACAGUCUAUACAGAGUAUGCCCAGGCUACUCCUCGGCGGUGUGCUGCCAUCUGCCGAGCUUAUCCAGGAUGCAAGGGUUCUGGGUACAAGGAUGAUCGAUGCAAGUUUUCGGUUUAUAAGCUUGCUUUGAGCGGUAUGCCUAUACCGCUUGAGACGAACCAGGAUCCUUCGAUGAACUCUAUCUGGGAUGAUCCUGCGUGUUGGACAUGCCCUGGCUGUCAAUAA